GUGUACGCGUAACUCAAGGCGUUGCCUGCAUAUCACGCGAUGUCCUUGUGUCCCGUAUGAACAGCUGUUAGGGUGAGGCUGUUAUUAAUUUCAGUGUGUAAUUAAUUAAAAUAAAUACGUGGGUUAAAAAUGGGCGUGUCAGUUGUUCCAAUUGCUGUUUUCACAAUAUUUUGGGCAAUUGUUGGAAUUGUUUUACCAUUUGUUGUCCCAAAGGGGCCAAAUAGAGGUAUAUUUCAGGUGGUGCUGAUGCUAACGGCAGCAACUUGUUGGCUUUUCUGGUUGUGUUGCUACAUGGCGCAGAUGAAUCCUUUGAUUGGUCCUAGACUCUCCAACCACACAGUUCUGCUCAUAGCAAGAGAGUGGGGAGAUCCAUUAAAGACCGGGUAGUGCAAGUAUUGUAAGCUGUUCUCCAAGACAUUUGUUGAAGAACUGGUGGGGUGAACCUGAAAACAUUCAUUCCAUGUUUGAGAGAUGUUACUUAAUGUUGUUAAUUAUGUAUGUAAAGUAAUUUUGUGUACAGUCUGUGUAUAUUAUGUGGGGAAUCAAGUUAAUUUGUAAAUAUAGUAAUUGGUAGUACUGGUGAGUGGAAUCUGUAUUGUGUAAAAGUGUCUCCUUGGUAGUUAAUUUUUGCAGAUGUGUAUAAUGCCUGCUAACCCUGCCAAAUACAUAGCUUUUUAAAUUAAUCAUAAAAUAUUCAUCUAAACAUA